AUGUCGGUCUCGGACCAACCCACCAUCGCCAAAGGCGACGCGACCCACGAAAAGCAGACAUCGGCCAGCGACACGACCCACGAAAAACAGACAUCGGCCAUUGACACGACCCACGAAAAACAGACAUCGGCCAUUGACCCUCCCGCCGGGAAAGAAAAACAUCUGGGUGUCACCGGUCCCGAGUUGGAGGCCUACAACAUCGACGGUGGCCGCUCCAAACGGAUAGACGGCAAGGUCGAACUGACCGAGGAAGACGUGUAUGACAAACUGGGCUAUUGCUUCCCGGGGUGGAAGAAAUGGAUGAUCCUGGUGGUCAUCCUUCUGAUCCAAACCUCCAUGAACCUCAACGCCAGCAUCUACGCCAACGGGGUCGACGGCUUAGCCGAGAAAUACACCAUCACCAAGCAAAAGGCCCGCGUCGGUCAGAUGGUGUUUUUGGUCUGCUACGCCUUUGGCUGUGAACUUUGGGCUCCGUGGUCCGAGGAACUGGGCCGUUGGCCGACCCAACAGUUGUCCUUGUUUCUGGUCAAUCUGUGGCAACUCCCUGCGGCGCUGGCCCCGAAUUUCGCCUCGAUCGUCGUCGCCAGAGCUCUCGCCGGCCUCUCCACCGCCGGCGGCUCAGUCACCCUGGGUGUCAUUGCCGACCUAUACCAACCGGAGGACUCGGGCUUCCAAUAUGCCGUCGCGUUCGUCGUGUUGUCGUCGGUGGGCGGUGCCCCUGUCGGCGCCGUGAUCGGCGGGUUUGUGGGCCAGUACUUGUCUCUGAGCUGGAUUUUCUGGAUGCAAUUGUGCAUCGGCGGAGCCGUGCAACUCAUUCAUUUCAUCCUCGUGCCUGAGACCCGGGCGACCAUCCUGCUCGACCGCGAAGCCAAGCGGCGCCGCAAGAACGGCGAGACCAACAUCUACGGGCCCGACGAGCUGAAAAAGCCGCGGUUUCCCAUGCACGAGUUUGUUCGAGUUUGGGCCCGUCCUUUCCAGAUGUUUGCCACCGAGCCCAUCGUCCUAGCUUUAUCUCUGCUCAGCGGGUUCAGCGACGCACUGUUGUUCACUUUUCUCGAGGCCUUUACGCCGGUCUUCAAACAGUGGAAUUUCCAGCCUUAUCAGGUCGGAUUGGCUUUUCUAUCGUCUCUCAUCGGAUAUCUGCUCGCCUACUUCACGUAUCUGCCGGUGAUUCGACAUCAUAACAAGAUUCGCGCGGAUGACCCGGACAGAUUGUCUCCUGAAUCGAGACUGUGGUGGUUACUUUUCCUGGCCCCUCUCGAAACAAUCGGUCUGUUCGGGUUUGCUUGGACGAGCCUGGGUCCCGACUACGGCAUUCCCUGGAUAGCGCCUAUGAUCUUUACCGUGCUCAUAGGCAUGGCAAACUAUGGUAUCUACAAGAGUUCUAUCGACUACAUGAUCGCCGCGUACGGGCCUUAUGCCGCCUCAGCCACGGGCGGCAACGAUCUCGCGCGGGACUUUCUCGCCGGCAUUGCUGCGUUGUAUAGUACACCGUUCUACGAAAACCUCCCCAAAUAUAAACUCGAAUACCCCACCACCAUCCUCGCCUGUCUGUCCAUCGUGGUCAUCGGCCCCAUCUACAUUUUCUACUGGAAGGGCCAAUGGUUCCGCGACCGCAGUAAGUUCGCGCAAGAGUUGAGUAUGGGUCGUACCUAUAGGGAAGGCGGGAGACGGCGGAGUACGGCUUGGGGAGGGGUUGGAGGUGGUGGUGGGAGUGCGACCGCCGACAUGGGGUUGAGAGGGACCCAAGAGAAAGAGAAAGGGAAUGAGAAUGAAAAGGACAAGGAAGAGGAGAAAGGGCACCCAAUCGCAUUAGGGGUGGAAAGGGGAAGAGGAAGAGGAAGAGGAAGACACAGUACUGGUAGUGCCGGUGACGUCGGUGUAAGGCAUAUCGAAGAGGUUUGA